AUGGCUCCGCCUUUACCAGCUGAUGUUUUCGAACUUCAAGGUGAAAGUUUUUUUCAACUUGUACAACAAAAAUGUGGUAAUACUAUGGUAGAAAUCAUGCAGUAUCUAGAGAUGAAUUCUGCUGAUUGUUUUCUUGGUAUUCAAGACGUUUUUGCUUUCUUUCAUCAUGACUCAUCUGAUCUCGUAGCAAUCAAGAAGAAGGUUGGAAUUACCCUUAAUGACGGAAGCUUCAAAGUAAAAGCUGGUCUUUCCAUUCAAGCUAAUAAUUUCAUUCAAUCUUUAAAAACGUUUCAACAGCACAAAAAUUUACAAACAUCUAAGGAUUUCAUUAUUUCUGCUGCACUUCUCGAUCGAUAUCCUAUUAUUCGACGAAUAUUACUGAUCGAGACUAUAAUUAUGAAUCAUGAUCGUGCAAAAUAUCGUUAUGAUUAUAGUUCUUCUAUACGUGAAUUUGCCUCUUGUGUAUUCAUUCUUGGUGGUCGUAACGUCUAUGAGUUCGUCCGUCUUAAUAUACCAGGUUUUCUUCCAAGUUUGACUGUCAUUCAAGCUUUGAUCGAUGCCAGUACAAACUAUUUUCAAGAAGGUGAAUUUAGAUAUAAUGUUAUGUCUCAUUAUAUUUCAUCAAAAAACUUGAAGUUCGUUUACGCUGCUGAAGAUUGCACUUCAGUUAUACCAAAAAUAACGUAUAAUACACGGUCAAAUAAUUUUACUGGAUUUGUACCUCCACUAAAAGGAGGCUUGCCGCAAAUUAAUACUUUUUCUACUGAAUCAUUUGCGGAACUUCAACAUUGGUUUUGUACUGUCAGUAUGCCUCAUCUUCUUAAUGCUUACAUGAUACAACUGUAA